UUCCUGCACAUUGAACAACAACAUGAGCUCGCGCGACGGCUCAAAGGAAGAGGGGGGUCCUUACUCUUCCCAUGACAAGCCUUCAAAACUAUUUCUUCGUCCUGAGGCUGAUUUGAGCUUUGUUGCUCAGUAUUUAAAUCAAGAUCCGGACCUCUGGGUGUUUCGACGUUUUGGAAAACUUCACUUAUUUAAUAUUCUUUGCCUUCAGCAACACCUAGCGGAACUGGAAAACACGCUCGAGACGAAAAUAUGGAAUGGUGAAAAAACUGGGUUUGACGAGCUUUUGCCUAGUAUUAAAGUUGCGUUAAAAGAAUAUGACGAUGCUCUGUCAAUGCAGGCAAAUUACAGGUCUUAUCAACAGCCCGAGAAACAUAUCUUCAAACUUCUUGAAAAAUGGUGGAACUACUACCAUGGCCGAGGCUCGGCGCUCCGUAUCGGACUCGAUUUUCAUACUGGGGGUAAAAGCCGCCAGAAGGACCUCGCCUCCAUAGCUGCGCUUGAGAAAACGUGGACUCAUAGGUUCAUCGACAGUCACGAUCACCUGAGACGUUUAUUCGCAAAGGAUGAUGGCUUGGGCGAACAAUUGCCGUCAACACUGCUCUACUCCGAGGAAAAUGUUCAGCGUGCAGAAGCUGUUUUUCUCCAUGCCUGCUUCUGCUGCUUGCUGCUCUGCCCUAUCCUGGCACUCUCCUAUGUCCAUAGCAAAACCUGGAAGCUAGUUAUUCUAGCGGCUUCCUUGUUUGCAACAGCUGUGUUGACAGUAGGAUUUCUCAAUACGCCCAACAAGAAUGCUUUGGCUUUAGUAGCGGGAUACGCAGCAAUAUUAGUAGUUUUCCUAUCGAAUGGUGUCGGCUCAUGA